GGCGCGAACUUUAACCGGAAGUGUGCGACUCUUGUUUCGGAGGAGGUUAAUGAGCUGUCGAUGUCAUUUACAGUGUUGUCUAGAUAUAAUGUAAAAAAAUAACAUUCUGCGUAGCUAGUUUAAUAGGGUACCACAUUUUGUGUAGGCUAAGCAAGUAUAGGAUGUCGGAUACGUUGUCUGAUGAUGCCAGCGGAGGAGAUGAUGGCCAAGAAGAUGUGAUGACUCCAGCGGAGCUGAUUGGGAAAUUGGAAGAGGCCUGGCUGAAUGAGAGGUUCUCUCCUGAGCUUCUGGAGAACAAGUCAGAGAUGGGAGAGUGUGUGAUGGAGCAGCUGACUCACAUGGAGGCCAACCUGCAGCGGGUUAGGAGGGGUGAUGUGAAGGCAAGUGUCCACCGCAUGGAGAUUGACAGGAUCCGCUUUGUCCUCAGCAGCUACCUCCGCUCUCGCCUCCAAAAGAUUGAGAAGUUUUUCCCACAUGUGUUGGAGAAAGAGAAGUCUCGAGUGGAGGGAGAUCCUUCGUUCCUGUCUCCAGAGGAGUUUGCUUUCGCCAAAGAAUAUCUGGCCAACACAGAGACUUAUCUGAAGGCUGUAGCUCUGAAACACAUGCCCCCCAAUCUACAGACCGUGGAUAUGCUGAAAGCAGUACCAGAGCCUUGUCUGGACUCCUUUGUGUUCCUACGUGUGAGGGAGAGGCAGGAAAACAUCUUGGUGGAACCUGAGACAGAUGACCAGAGAGAGUAUGUUGUGGAUCUUGAUGUGGAUUCUCAGCAUCUGAUGCGGUAUCGCUCUAUAGCACCCCUGGUUUCAAGUGGAGCAGUACAGCUAAUUUAACUGUCAAGGAGCCUCCUGUCCUUGGUUCAGAUGGGGUUAUUAGUCUCCAACUGUGAUGGUGGAUGACCGGAGGAACACUGACUCCCUUCAUUGAACAUUAAUUACACUGUUUGCAGUACAUUGAGGAAGGAGUUAUGGACAUUAUUUGUGGACUACCAACUCGCCAAGGACGGGGCAUUAACUAGAAUGUCUGCAAAUAUAUUACUGACUUGUUGAAAUGUUGCGUACCUGAGGACAUAUCUCUGUCACAUGAAGCCUGCUUAUAAUUGUAAUGAUGAUUAUUGGAUCACUAAGGCUACAAGUGAGAGAUACCUUUGGUGUGAGGAUGACACAGGAAUACAUGAAUGGCACUUCAUGAUGUCUACAUGUAUGUAAUAAGGUUGAGGGAUACAUGCAUGUCAUUGCCAAGCAUACAUUUGUAUUUUACAUGCUGUUGCUGCCUUGACCAUAUAUGAUUUAAAUGCUGUGUUUGUAAACCAUAUCAAUUGUUGAUACCAAAGGAAAUAAAUGUGUAGAUUUAUGUUUAAAGACUGGUAUUAAAAACUUCUUAGGGCUGAGAUCCCGCUAACGGGAUCGAUAUGACAACAGCCAGUGAAAGUGCAGGGCGCCAAAUUCAAAACCACAGAAAUCCCAUAAUUAAAAUUCCUCAAUCAUAGAAGUAUUUCACACCAUUUUAAAGAUAAACUUCUUUUUAAUUUCACCAGUGUCCAAUUUCAAAUAGGCUUUACGGCGAAAGCACCACAAACGAUUAUGUUAGGUCAGAGCCAAGUCACAGAAAAACACAGCCAUUUUUUUUCAGCCAAAGAGAGGAGUCACGAGAAAAUGAAUCACUAACUUUUGAUCUUCAUCAGAUGACACUCAUAGGACUUCAUGUUACACAAUACAUAUGUUUUGUUCGAUAAAGUUCAUAUUUAUUUAAAAAGAUCUCUGUAUACAUUGGUGUGUUGUGUUCAGUAGUUCCAUUUUGCAGAGAGCCAGAUCAAUUUACAGGAAUACUCAUAAUAAAUGAUGAAAAUACAAGUGUUA